UGUGGUGCUACACAUUGAAAGCUGAGCCUAAUGAGCAGCAUGUGGGCACGCCAGCCAUUUGUUACCAAUGAUACAAUAACGAGUUAAUGUGAUGUAUGUAGCACUCAGCACCGGUGUCGCCCUCCCUCCUGUGGCAGCGGCAGGCGAGUGGUGCACCUGUGCCACUCUGGCAGGUGUGGCCCCGCCCCUCCCUCAGACUGUGUAUGACGUUGGCACCAUUCGCGCCGCCGCCCGCGGCUGGUGAGUGUCACUCUUGACUCACUGUCUCGCGCUGCCAUUCCUCCGCCCACCGCCACGCUGACCGCACGGACAUCCCGCCGCCGCGACCACCAGUGACGCGCCAGGAUCAGAGUCGCCGCGGUCGUCUUAGGACCCUCGUGGACAUCUACAGGGUGACCAGUGUGGGUGACCCGAGUGUUGUGCCGUCCCUUAACCUGCAGCCUCCAGGACGGAGCCACUGUGGCUCCAGGUCAGUGCUGCCUCAGUGACUUCCCCGCGCAGCGCCACAUCGCCUGCGCUGUAGACGCGUGACAGAUUUGACUUACAGUAACAGCAAGAAAGCAGGUAUCAUGCGGCGGUGCUGCUGGUGCUGUGUCAGUCUACAGAAGGGUGUGGUGGCCAUCGGAGUCUUGGGCAUGGUAUGCUCGGCGGUGCUCUCUGUGGGUUACGGCGCCGUGGCCUUCACCCUCAAGGAACAUCUGAUAGCUUGCAGGGAAGGGGAGGCACGCGAUAUCCUAGGAUUUCUGCCAUCCUGCGAGGACUUGUCAAACACCGCUAAACUCCUUGCAGUUCGCAUCUUCGUGUACGCCCAGGUGAGCGUGUGGAUUCUCUUCUUCACCUUCUCUAUCCUGCUCAUUGUGGCGGCAGUCAAGGAGCGUGGUGGAUUGCUGGUGCCGUGGAUGGUGCUGUCUGUUGUGGUAAUGGCGGCCGUGGUUUGGUCUGGUGUAAGGGCGGCUCUCCAGAAGCGUACCCUCGACCUGCUGGCGUCCGUGGUGGCGGUGGUGGUGAUCACGUACUGCUGUCUGGUGGUGCGCUCCUACGGCCGCCUCAUCAAGAAACAGGCACUGGUGUCUGUUCGGGUACCCUCCACCUAUACCCACCCACCCUGCUGCCAGCAACCACCCACACCCGUCCCUAGCCCAAAUCCAGCCCCCUGCAGAGAGAUGAGAGAAAGGGACUUGCCCCCAGCCUACACCCCUCACCCCUCUGUCACUCCCACCCCUCGCUCCACAGUCACCCCCAGCCCUCGCUCCACAGUCACCCCUACCCCUCGCUCCACUGUCACUCCCACUCCUCGCUCCACGACCAUAACCAUUCAUCGUUCUUCAGCCACCUCCAUCCCCCAGAAGUCUCCAAUCCCCCCCGGCCUUGGUAUCAACAUAUAAUGGAGGUGUGCUCAGUGGCGUCUCAAAAAUCAGUCUUAUUCCCUCCGUAGAUUAAGUUUGGUCAUGGUGCUUGGUGACGGCUGCAUGGGAGUUUCCUUGUCAGGCUGCACUUUGAGGCGUCAUGCAUACACAAGAUGAAGAGAUGUAUUUUUGUAUGUAUUCCAAAUGACAUGUUAGAUACAGGCCUAAUACUCUUCUGUGGCAUUAUACAUAGUUGUUUUCUGGUGUCUUCUGCUUGUAUGCCCUUGUCAUUCUUCCUAUACUACACUUACUGCAGAAUAUGUGGUUUAUGCAUAGAAGGAAACACCAUUCUCAGUUUUCCUUCUAUAUAGAUGUACAAAAAUAUAUAUGGAUAAGUGAUGUCAGGUCCUCACCUCAUUGUGGUGAGCUUCAAAGAAGUGGCAGGGAUAACAUCAGGGUGUGAGUGGCUAAUUGGCAAGUCCUUUGAAUUAUGGCCUUGCUGGGACUUGGAAAGGGAUACACUCACCCUCUUGUACUGCUUGUAUGGGUCAUUAUUAGGUUUUAUACUUGCACACCCUGACCCUUCUCUUAUACUCACUACUCUGCGAUUGAAAAGUGCAAAUGUAUUAUGUUCUUGAAUAUAUAUUGAUGGCUCA